AUGAAAAAUUAUUUUGAUUUUAGCAAUUAUAUUAGAAAGAUAUAAGAACAGCCUUUUGUUGAUGUAAACAAUCCUAAAAAUAAUUAGAAUACGAGCUAAUUGUUACAUAUGACUUUUUUGUCAUAUUAGGCAGGAGCUUCUAAUAAUGAUCCAAAUAUAUUAAAAAAAUCAUUUUAUCUUAUUAACUAAGUUCAUUAAGAAUAUGUAUUCAAAAACAUUAAUCUGUAAGAAUUGUAAUUGAUAUAUAAUAAUUACAUAAAUGGAAAACUAAAUAUUAAUUUGGAAGUUCCUGAUAUUGCUUUAUAAAAUAACUCAGGUUCUUAGUUAUUUGAUACAUCAGUUAUUUAAAAUAAAGAUCAAAUAUCAGUUGUUUAAUAAUAAUCACAAAGUCAAAACUAAAUAAAAGUAAAAGAAAAUUCAAGAAUAGAAUUUAAAUAAGAAAAUCCUUUGAAAUAGAAUAUUUAAGAAAAUUUGGUGUAUGAAAAAAACGCAGAUCAAUCUAUAUAAUAAUUCUAAAAAUCAAAUGUGUAGAUGUUGGAAAAGAAUGGGAAUCGAGAAAUAAUUGAUUCUAUUAUUUAGAAUGAUUAAUCAAAAGUCAGCAUUUAAAUACCAAAAAUAAAAGAAAUUUAUUAUCUAUCAAUAGAUUAAUCAUAAAUAAAUAAGAAAUAAUAAUAUCAAGAAUAUAGAAAAUAAGAAAGUUAGAAAUCAUAGAUAUUUUCAUAAAUAAAUUAGAAUAGUUAAAUUAAAUAAACUAACUAAUGUAGUAUUUGUUUAGAAAAUGUUAUAUAAAACAAACAUAUUCUUAUAGCUUGUUAACAUAUUUAUCAUAAAUAAUGUUUAGAGAAUUUAAUAAAUGCAUCAGUUGAAUUCCCAAUUAGAUGCCCAAGCUUAGAAUGUAGACAAGAAAUAUUAAGAGAUGAUUUAGAAAACAUAGUAUCAAAUUAAAUUAUGGAUAAACUGGAAAAAAUUGCUUUCAAUCAAUAUUUAUUAUAAAAUUCAAAUAUCUUUUAAUGUCCUACAGAAAACUGUAAAGGUGUUUAUGAAAUAGAAGGACCUAUAUAAGUGUGCAUGAUAUGCUAAAAUCUAUUUUGUACUAGAUGUAAAAAGUAAUUUCAUGAAGGAGUUUGUGGUGAAUAAAGCUUUAUAAAUGUUGCUUUAGAAAAGAGUUAUUAAUAAUGUUCUAAAUGUCACAGGUGGAUAGAUAAAACUUUUGGAUGCAAUCAUAUGACUUGCCCAUGUGGAUUUUAGUUUUGUUAUUCUUGUGGAAAUUAAUGGGUAAAAGGAAGGGAAUGUUUAUGCAAAAAUAAACAAUAGUAAAAUAAUAUUGAUGCUUAAUAAAUACCAAAUGAUUUUAAUGAGAUAUAAACAUUUCUCAAUUAAAACAAUCAAAAUUAGAAUAAUACCUAGAAAAUUGAUAAAGUUCUCAAUAAAUUGGGAUUAAGUUUUGUAAAAAAAAUAUUAAAAAAGUGGUGA